GCGGUGAUGACACGAUUGAUAACAUCACCCACUUGUAGCACGUGAAAACCAUCAACUAUCAACUGCAUUUAAACCUAAUUUUCAAAUCCGCCUUGUACUCUCUCUCUUUCUCUCUAGGGUUCUUGCUCUCUCUUUUUGUGAGAUUUUCUCACUGUUUCUCGACCUAUUUGAUUCAUUCAUCUUGGUUUUGUGAUUUUUUUUUUCCCUAGAGUUUUCUUUCAUUUUCUAGUUGUUUCUUUCCAUUGUUCGAUUUUUUCGAUCUGAUCGUUGGUGGUAGCUAUGGAGCUUGGAGGUGCUCGCAAGAGAGGGAGGCAAGAGGGUACUUUGAAUGGAAAUGGGGGAUUCAAGAAAUCCAAGCAAGAAAUGGAGUCCUUUUCAUCUGGUAUAGGAAGCAAAUCGAAGCCAUGCACAAAGUUUUUCAGCACUUCUGGGUGCCCAUUUGGUGAGGGAUGCCACUUCUUGCAUUAUGUUCCUGGUGGCAUUAAAGCAGUGUCUCAGAUGGUUAAUCUUGGGGGAAACACACCUCUUGCACCACCUGCAAGAAAUCCUGCAGUGCCCCCUUCUUUCCCAGAUGGUUCAUCUCCACCAGCUGUGAAGACCCGCUUGUGCAACAAAUACAACUCGGCUGAAGGCUGUAAGUUUGGGGAUAAAUGCCAUUUCGCCCAUGGUGAGUGGGAGCUUGGGAAGCCAACACUUCCAUCCCAUCAUGAAGAUCAUCGUGGCAUGGGAUCAGGCAGGCUGGCUGGCAGGCUUGAGCCACCCCCACCUGGCCUUGCUGCAGCAGCUAGUUUUGGAGCCUCUGCCACUGCUAAAAUCAGUGUUGAUGCUUCACUGGCUGGAGCCAUCAUUGGGAAAAGUGGGGUGAACUCAAAGCAAAUCUGUCGCCUGACUGGAGCCAAAUUAUCCAUAAAGGACCAUGAUUCAGAUCCAAACUUGAGGAACAUUGAACUAGAGGGCACAUUUGAUCAGAUCAAGCAAGCCAGCGCCAUGGUUCGUGAACUCAUUGUGAACAUCAGCUCAGCCUCUGGGCCUCCCAUGAGGAACCCAGCAAUGCAAGCCUCUGCUGCAGCAAACAACUUCAAGACUAAGCUCUGCGAGAACUUCACGAAGGGGUCAUGUACCUUUGGUGAGAGGUGUCACUUUGCGCAUGGAGCUGAUGAGUUACGCAAACCUGCAGGGAUGUGAUCCAUGUCUCUCUCUCCUCUUCUCUUACCUUCGGCUAGGACUGACUCUUUGCAAUGGCCUUUUAGUUGUUGGGUGUUCAGGUGUUCUAUUUGUUCUGAUUUUCCGGAUACAUAGACAGAGGAUUGCAGUAUCAAGAGUUGUUUAGGUUUUGAUGUAUUUUGGGAGUCUAUUGAUUUUAUCUUUUGCUCUUUCCUUUACCCAUUCAGCCCUUGAUACAGAAUCCUCCUUAAAAGCUAUCUUUAUCGGAACCUUCUGCUA